GAAAAAACCCUUUUCACUGACAGCGAGUUACCCGAGGUUCCUCCCGGGGUCGACAGUCACCAAACCCCGUCACCUCCCGCAUGGAGCAUCCGCCUUCGCGCGAGCCCCCCGGAGACACCACGUGACGCGAGGCAGCGACUAAAGAGCAACCAAGCAACGAGAGCCGCCUAGAAAGAGUGGGAGAGGGAGGGGAGAGAGAGAGAGAGGGAGCGAGUGAGAAAGGGAGAGGUAGACAGCCUUGUAGACCGUACCUUCGAAAAGAAGAUCGCUUUUGAAGACUGUAGCAGAGGCAGCGCCACCAAAAACUUGCCGUGGAACACACUCCGGCACUUUACAGAAGACCAAGUGGAUACACCGCUAGUUUUUUGCUGUUGUUGUUGUAAUUGAUGUUAUUUAUUUAUUUGUUUUUAAUUGCUCCUCUACCCGUUGUACAUAAAGAAACUUUGGAUCGACGGGCAGAUCCCCUUGGCUUAGGGGGUCUACGGCGUGACAUGCCCGUUUCCCCUUGAAGGAUAUGCUCACAACCCCGGUGUCAAAGUGGAGCCACGCGUGUCUCGGAUCGGCGCGCUCCUCCAGGGGCUAGGAUGCGCGCCGGGUACCUCCAGAUUCCUGCCCGGUUUCGGGUCUGACACCGAAUCGACUGGCCCGGGGCGCCGUGCCCGGAGAGCCCCCUCUACCCGGACCAGGAUGCCGGUGAUGAGAGGACUGCUGGCCCCGCAGAACACGUUCCUGGACACCAUAGCCACUCGAUUCGAUGGCACCCACAGCAACUUCGUCCUGGGGAACGCCCAGGUCCAGUCCCUGUACCCGAUCGUGUACUGCUCGGACGGGUUCUGCGAGCUGACGGGCUACGCCCGGGCCGAGCUGAUGCAGAAGAGCUGCGCGUGUCACUUCCUGUACGGCCCGGAGACCAGCGACCGGCACACCGCGCAGAUCCAGGGCGCCCUGGACGAGCGCCGGGAGUUUAAGACCGAACUCGUCUUCUACAAGAAGGAGGGUACCCAGUUCUGGUGUCUGCUGGACAUCGUUCCCAUUAAGAAUGAGAAGGGGGAGGUGGUGCUGUUCCUGGUCUCCCACAAGGACAUCACCGACAACAAGAAGGACCAGGACUCAGACCAGGUCCCUGAGACAGAUGAGGAGACGGGUCUGGAGGUGCACCGGGUCACCCGCCCCCCCGGGUUCAACGCCAAUCGCAGGCGGAGCAGGGCGGUUCUGUACCACCUGUCCGGACACCUGCAGAAACAGGACAAGAGCAAGCUCAAGAUCAACAACAACAUGUUUGGGGAGAAGCCGCCCAUCCCGGAGUACAAGGUGGCGGCCAUUCAGAAAUCACGCUUUAUCCUGCUGCAUUAUGGGACCUUCAAGGCGGGCUGGGAUUGGCUGAUCCUGCUGGCCACGUUCUACGUGGCGGUGACCGUGCCGUACAACGUCUGCUUCACGGUGGCGGGGAGCCGAGACGAGGGAAGCACCGCCCCCCGCAGCCCCCCAAGCGUCAGCGACAUCCUGGUGGAGAUCCUGUUCAUGCUGGACAUCGUGCUGAACUUCCGCACCAGCUACGUCAGCACGUCGGGCCAGGUGGUGUACGACGCCCGCUCCAUCUGCGUGCACUACGCCACCACCUGGCUGUUCGUGGACCUGAUCGCCGCGCUGCCCUUCGACCUCCUGUACGCCUUCAACGUCAGCGUGUACUUCGGGGUGCACCUGCUGAAGACGGUGCGGUUGCUGAGGCUGCUGCGCUUGCUGCAGAAGCUGGAGCGCUACUCUCAGUACAGCGCCGUGGUGCUGACCCUGCUCAUGUCCAUGUUCGGCCUGCUGGCCCACUGGAUGGCCUGCGUCUGGUACUUCAUCGGCCGGAGGGAGAUCGAGAGCAACAGCCCCGGCACCUGGGACAUCGGCUGGCUGCACGAGCUGGGGAAGAGGCUGGGCACCCCCUACUUCCUGUCCCCUUUGACCUCUCUGCUGGUGAACUCUGAUUCGCUGCACCCCGUGGCCCUGGACGCGACGUCAGCCAAUGGCAGCCAGUGGAACGGCACGGGGGCGGAGCUGUCCGGCCGGGACUCGUGGAACUCCAGCCAGUGGAACGGGACGGGGGCGGGGGCGGGGGCGGGGCCGGGGGAGGGGCUGGCGGGCGGGCCCUCCAUGCGGAGCUCCUACGUGACGUCGCUGUACUUCGCCCUGAGCAGCCUCACCAGCGUGGGCUUCGGCAACGUCUCGGCCAACACCGACUCGGAGAAGAUCUUCUCCAUCUGCACCAUGCUCAUCGGAGCGCUGAUGCACGCCGUGGUGUUCGGGAACGUGACGGCCAUCAUCCAGCGCAUGUACUCCCGGCGCUCGCUCUACCACACGCGCACCAAGGACCUGAAGGACUUCAUCCGGGUGCACCGGCUGCCCAAGGCCCUGGAGCAGCGCGUCAUGGAGUGCUUCCAGACCACCUGGAGCGUCAACAACGGCAUCGACGUCAGCGAGCUGCUGAAGGACUUCCCGGACGAGCUCCGCGCGGACAUCGCCAUGCACCUGAACAAGGAGCUGCUGCAGCUGCCGCUGUUCGAGUCGGCCAGCAGGGGGUGUCUGCGCUCCCUGUCCCUCAUCAUCAAGACCUCCUUCUGCGCCCCGGGGGAGUUCCUCAUCCGCCAGGGCGACGCCCUGCAGGCCAUCUACUUCGUCUGCUCCGGCUCCAUGGAGGUGCUGAAGGACAACACCGUGCUGGCCAUCCUGGGUAAAGGAGACCUGAUUGGCUCGGACUCUCUGACUAAGGAGCAGGUGAUAAAGACCAACGCUAACGUGAAGGCGCUGACCUACUGCGACCUGCAGUACAUCAGCCUCAAAGGUCUGCGGGAGGUCCUGCGCCUCUACCCCGAGUACGCCCAGAAGUUCGUCAGCGAGAUCCAGCACGACCUCACCUACAACCUGCGGGAGGGCCACGGAGCGGACAUGGACUGGGAGAGUAACGGCGGGCUGGUGAAGAAGCUUCCCUCCAUAAAGGAGGAUGAGGAGGGCGAUGAAGAGGAGCUGUCCACCCUGUCGCGGGCCCCGCGGUCCCCCAUGAGGCUGUCCCGCGGGCUGAACUCGCCGCUGCGCUCCCCCCUCAUGCCCCCCCGGCCCUUCCGCAGCCCCGGCGAACAGCUGCGCCCCGCCACCCUGCAGAUCCCCCUGGUCAGCUUCAGCGGGGCUCCUCCGGAGCUCAGCCCCAGGUUUGUUGAUGGGAUUGAGACUGAAAGCCAUGUUCACUCAGCUCAGAAGUUUGAGUUCAACACGGGCCUGUCUCAGAGCACCCCUCCCUCCCCUGCCAGAGGGAUCUAUGAGAACUCUGAGACCAGGCAGAGCAUCACCAGGCUGAGUCAGGAGAUGAGCAGCCUGUCCCAGCAGGUGUCCCAGCUGAGCAAGGAGCUUCAGGAAAUGACACGUCUCCUCAGGCCCCUCCUACUCGGCAACCAGCCAAUCCCGUCGACGAUGACCCCGCCCCCCAGCAGCGGCAGCGACCCGGGCGUCGGCAGCCCCCCCCAGCCCCCGGCUCCCUCCUCCCCCUCACCGUCCUGCUCCCUAUUGGACGUCUCAGACACAGGGGGCGGCGGCCUGCUGAGCUGCCUCGUGCCCACCACCCCGCCCCACCCGGCAAACUCGCCCCCCCGCUCCCCCACCUCCCCGAGCGGGGCGUCCACUCCCGGGGCGCUCGGCUCGCCCCCCUCCACCCCCAAAAACGGACUGCCGCUCCCCCUGCAGGACCCUCAGGCCCUGGGCUCCAGAACGCCGUCGCAGUCCCACUCCCUCUCCUUCUCCCUCUCCCUCUCCACCGCCUCCUCCCACGCCUCCCUGCCCCCACCCUGCCAGGGCCCCCACCUCUCCCGCCUGGGCCAACACAGCCGGGGCGUGCUGGCCCCGCCCUCCUGCUCGCAGGACACGCCCCAUCUGUCCUCCCAUUGCUCCGCUCCCCCGUCACUCAGCGGUUCCCCGGGCAACCACAGCAGGCCGGGGGCGGGUCUGUCCUUCCGCUCGUCCUCGGCCCUGGGACCGUACCCCUCCCCCCCCCCGGAGGAGGACACGGGCAGGACGGCCGGCUUCCCCCCCCCGACCUGGCCCUCGAAGCGGGGGGGCCCGGACCCCGCCUCCCCCCACCUGGAGCUGGAGAUGGACGAGAGGGUGGGGCGGGGCGGGCCGCAGACCGAGCGAAUCUCGCGUCUCGACGAGGAGGACCCGCCCCUGUGA